AUGGACGUCGCGAAGCAAAAGGCCGAAGAGGCCAAGAAGACGGCUCAAGAGGCGGUGGACAAGUCCAAGGAGCUUGCCGCCAAAGCGCAGGACGACCCCAAGGCCGCCACAAAGGACUUCCUCCACACCCCGUUCAUGCGAGCCGCCCUACCCUUCAUCAAUGGAGGAGCCGCUGGGAUGUUCGCCACUUGCUGUAUCCAGCCCAUUGAUAUGAUCAAGGUGCGCUUGCAGCUUGCCGGCGAAGGUUCCAAAGGCGGACCCAAGCCCACACCCAUCAGUGUCACCAGAGAGGUCAUUGCCUCGGGGAGAGUGCUGGAUUUGUAUACCGGCUUGAGUGCAGGCAUUCUUCGGCAAGCCGUGUAUACCACCGCUCGCCUCGGCUUGUUCGAUACCUUCAUGAAGAGCUUAUCUGCUCGCGCAGAGGACGCGGGCCGCAAGGUCAACUUCUACGAACGUGCAGGCUCCGGUCUGACGGCAGGUGGUCUGGCCGCCUUCGUCGCCAACCCCGCCGAUCUGGCCUUGAUUCGCAUGCAGUCGGAUGGUCUCAAGCCCAAGGGAGAGCGUGCAAACUAUAGCAGUGUUGCCGAUGCUCUCCGGAGAAUUGCCAAGAGCGAAGGCAUUGGCGCAUGGUGGUCUGGUUGCUAUCCCACCGUCGUCCGCGCAAUGGCCCUUAAUUUCGGCCAACUCGCCUUCUUCUCCGAGGCCAAGAGCCAGCUAAAGGACACAUCCUUGAGCCCGAGAGCGCAGACACUGACCGCCUCCGCCGUUGCCGGCUUCUUCGCUUCCUUCUUCUCGCUCCCCUUCGACUUCGUCAAGACCAGGCUGCAGAAGCAGCAGCGGGGCCCUGAUGGAAAAUUACCCUACAACGGCAUGGUUCAUGCGUUCGGAAGGGUGAUCAAAGAGGAGGGGCCUCUACGGUUUUACCGUGGGUUCACGACGUACUAUGUCCGCAUCGCACCACACGCCAUGAUCACGCUCAUUAUCGCCGACUACCUGAAUUUCAUUACCAAGUAA